AAAUAUAUUUCUUUGGGGUUGUCAAGUCAAAAUGGCGACGAUUGUCAGAGGUCUGUCGAGGUUGCCUGGUAAACAUCAGGUUUUCCGUGCACUCAGUACAUCAUCUUGUAAAUGUAUUGGUGAAGGACCUAAUGUUGACAAAGUUACACACACUGGACAGGUAUGGGAUAAAGAUGACUUUAGGAGAACACGGUUUGUUGGCAAAGACAAACUGGUGAAUACACAGUUUAGUAUAGACCUGAUUGCUGAAGACCCCAUUGUAGUUUGUGAAAGGCGAAAAGUGGCUAGUAACAGUGGUGGAGCUCUUGGACACCCGAAAGUUUUUAUUAAUUUGGAUAGGCCUGAAGUUGCAGUCUGUGGAUAUUCUGGAAGAAAAUUUAUCCAGAAAAAGUUUUAUAAUGCGAAAGAACAUGGACCGUCAAUCACCUAUGAGGAAUACCUUGCAGAAAUGGAAUCUAUCAAGUCGUAAUUCAGACCACCAAAUAAAUUAGGACUUUAAAAAUAAUUCUGAAAAUGCUUAACUUGACAAAGUGUUUUGACAGAUAGCUUAUUUAGAGAAUAAUAGUUUUGGUAAAGAGUGUAUUGAAUCUGUGGAUUUCAUUGUUAAUAAAUGUAUCUUAUUGUU